AUGCCCUACGCCCCCCCUUCACGCCCAUACCCUAAGCCCACCUCUCACGCCCAUGCCCUACGCCCCCUUCACGCCCAUACCCUAAGCCCACCUCUCACGCCCAUGCCCUACGCCCCCCUCUGCCCGCCGCCCAUGCCCUACGCCCCCCCUCACGCCCAUACCCUAAGCCCACCUCUCACGCCCAUGCCCUACACCUCCCCUUCACGCCCUACGCCCACCUUUCACGCACACCGCUCACCUCCACCUCUCACGCCCAUACGCUACGCCCAUGCCCCACGCUCAUCCCUCACGCCCACCUCUCACGCCCAUACCCUACGCCCAUGCCCCACGCCCACCCCUCACGCCCACCUCUCACGCCCAUAA